UUUUAAAUAAUUAGGUUACACGCCGAUUUAUUGACUCGAUAAAUUUUCGCAAAUGUGCUUACAUUUGUUUCUUACUAUUUUUACGAUUCGCAUUGAGUGCUAAAAUGUAACGGUUUACAUCGAACUUAUUUACUUUUGUUUAAGGCUUCGAUUGUGAAAUCGACAUUUACAGAAAGUAACUGAUAAAAAGAAAUUGGAAGAUCAAUUAAUAAACGUUUCUUAAGCAACACUUUAUCUCUUAUGUACUAUUUAACUCAGUGUGUCUUAACUUUGAAAACAUUUAUUCAAGAGAGUACACCACCGUCUAGUUUGAUAAAUAUACACAAAUUUAACAAUUUUUUAAAACUUUGAGAAAUUCAUCGACGAACUUUGAAAACAUUGUUAGUAUGCUAUUAUUAUUAUUCGACGAAACAAUAGGAAUAAAAAGAAUAAAAAAUUCUUACAUUCACUAAAUCCACGGUAUAAAAAGGAACGCGUGUAUAAAAGUAAAUCAUUAGUUUUAGUUAAGCCAUUUGGCAAAGUAGAUUUAUUUAACACAGUCUAAAAACAACUCCCUUUCAAAAGUAGUAAUUUUCCAUAUGUGGCGUUGAUAUACUCGAAUUUGAAAAAAUCCUUCUAUUACACAGUUAGUUUUAAGGUAUGAAAGUUCACAUUGAAUCCGACCAGGUGGUGUACACUCUCAAAGAAUUUUCCCAAACAACAUAUGCCACGAAUGCAUAAAAAUCCUUCGUUAGCUUGUAAGCCUAAACUAUAAUUGUUAAAAAUGCGUUCGCAGCUUCAAGAGUGUAAAUCAAAAGACUCGCAUGAAACUUGUUUUAUAGUAACCUACAAGAACGCGUUACAUUUAACCCUCGUACUGCGGUUGCCGGGUCAGUUUGACCCAACGUAUUUAAAUCAUCGCUUAGUUACGCAACUCUCGAAAAUUAAAUGAAAUAAGCUGUUAUUAAACUAGGACCCCCCAAAAAAACUAAUAGGUCUACAAAAAAUGUUUUCGAAAAUAUGUAUGCAAACGGGUGCGUUUGAAAAGAAAAUUUACGAAAUGAUAAAAAUUAUACCUCCUGGAGAUUUAAUUUCUAAAUCGAUUUUUGCGACAGCAAAACCUCAACUGAUCAAAUUUUUUUCUUUAUUUUCGAUUCGUCUUUUUAUGUAAAAUCACCCCCUUCUCGGCUGUGAAAUUUUGGAACAUUGAUACUUUUAAAUUUCCAAGCUUUCCAAUAUAUUUUGAAAAAUUGGCGACUAAAGCUGCGAAUGGUCACAAAUAGAUCGCGGAUUGUGAUGCAAAAUAAAAAUAGCCCCGCCAAUUUGAAAGCACCAGAAGCUACGUGAAAAUAUCGCAAUUUUUUGCAACAAUUUCGAUAAAUUUAUACAUCGACACCCUAAGUCCUAUUCAUUUCUUCACCGUUUCAAAUUAUAUCUAACCAUGUUUCUUCUAAGUGUAUAAAAUCCAUUAUCUACACGCAAACAUCGUCAAUUAUAUACUCAUGAAAACCGUCCGUAGUCCGAGGGUUAAAACACCGGAUUAAAAAGCUAGAUUAAUCGAUAAUUGUAACAUGGCAAGCGAACUCGACAACUUCCGGGUACAACGCUGCUCGAGAGAUGAACCGCACAUUUCAACCCGCUUUGAAUCCCACCACCCGUCAACAGUUAACCUACCACUAUCUUUCGGCCAAACCCUUCAAAUUCCCGUUAACCCAUCCAAAAAUCAAUCACCGAUCAAGCCAACGCCGCCGCAGCACGCAAGAAGCUACCAACGAACAUGAAAAUUCAGUCGAGCGAAAAUGGAACGUGUACUACUUUCGGUAAACUGGCAGCGAACGAUUCCUUCGAGGACGACGAAAUCUACGCGUACACCGAGAUCACGGAACAGCUGAUAGCAUCUGUGUCGGAGUUGUGGGUAGCACCCCGUCGAACCGUAUCGAGGAACCAGAAGCUACCGAUGCGGAAGAGCCUGUUCGCUCACGUGCCGCCGUUCAUCAUCUUCCGCGACAACGCGAACACCGACAAACUGCCGCCAGUGAUCACGAGACACCUGCUCUGGUGGCAAGCAAAUCGGCAUUUUCCGCAGGUGAUUUCCUCGACGAUCGCGAAGUCCGGUUUCCGGACGACGACGAAGCGCGCGUCGAACUGGUGCGGGACCUGGUGCAGCAACCAGGAGCUCUCCUCCAAGCUGCAGCGCACCCAGUUGUUCUCCAAAGUGAAUCUGUUCCCGAGCAGCGUGCAAUUCGGCGACAAGAUGCUGCUCUGGAAGAAUUUCCAGAGGAUGAGGAGGAAGCACGGCGGCAGACGUUUCAACUUCAUGCCGUUGACGUUCGUCCUGCCGGACGAGAAGACCGACUUCCAGAGAUACGCGAGGAAGCAUCCCGGCAUCUGGAUCCUGAAGCCGCCGUGCUCCUGCGCGGGCAGCGGCAUCAAGUUGGUGUCCCGACCGCAGGAAGUGCCGAACGAUCGGUUGCUGGUCGCUCAGCGCUACAUCACCGAGCCCCGGCUGAUCGACGGCAUCAAGUUCGACAUACGAGUGUACGUGCUGUUGACCAGCGUCGAUCCCCUCCGAAUCUACGUCUACAACGACGGCUUGGUGAGGCUCGCGACCGUGAAGUACGUGAACCACGUGAGCACCUUGUCCAACAAGUUCAUGCACCUGACGAACACCAGCGUGAACAAGUGCAGCCCGGACUUCGUGGCGAACGACGACCCGUCGAAAUGCAAAGGGAACAUGUGGUCGUUGAGCUGCCUCUGGAGUUAUCUGUCGACGGUGGAGGGUGCGAAUCCGAUCGAUAUCUGGACGAAGAUCAAGGACAUCGCCGUGAAGACCGUCAUCUCCACCGAACCGUUCCUGGUGAAUGCCUGGAAGAAGAACUCGGUCUCUUCGUACAACUAUUACCAGCUGUUCGGGUUCGAUGUUCUUCUAGACCAGCAGUAUCAUCCGUGGCUUCUCGAAGUCAACACGUUCCCGUCCAUGAAGCCCGACACGCCUUUGUGCAGGAUCGUCAAGUGCCAGUUGACCAAGGACUACCUGAACCUGGUCGGCUUCCACGUGCCGAACGUGCUGACCGGCAAGGAGCUGAGGAUCCUGAGGACCAGCUACAAGGAGGACGCCGUCUGCUACAACCAGCAGAUGUACUCCAGGGCGUUGACGUGGACGGACAGGAAGAAACAGUACGCUUUCGCGAAGAUGAACAAUCGAGGGAAGUACUUGAAGUCGAUCCUGAAGAAGCUCACGCCCGGUGACGUCAGGGUGCUGAUACGGCACGAGGACGAAAUCGCGCGGACCGGCCGCUUCGAGACCAUCUUCCCCACGUGCCACACGCACGCGUAUCUCGAGCUCUUCGACGAGCUCGGGUAUUACAAUAUGCUCCUGGACGCUUGGGAACACGAGCACGGCGGCGAUCGGUCCAGAGGCAUCGAAAGGCUGAGGCAACUCUGCAGGAAAAAGUAUCACUUGACGAUCGAUUGACGACGGUCCUCUGUCAAUAAGUUAGACGGUGACGUUGGAAUUGACAGGUGAACUUGGCGUAAACGCGUUUUAUGACUACGCUACGGAUUUUGUGCGUUUA